AGUAAUCCGAUUAUCAAACUGCCAGAACGAAGUGAUAAACAAAGGCAGCACUCCGUGGGAUGUAAUAAGCUUCAAAUCAGAGUUAAACAAAAUCGUGAGCAAUUAGAAAGUUUCAAGACGAAGAUAGUUCACAAGAAAUCAUGCGCACCCAACCCCUAUAAAAUAAAAUUUGAUCCACUUGAUAGACUCUUCCAAGCUUCUAAUAAAAUUGCUUUUUUGAAUUUUCGACAGAGCUACGGUCAUGUAAAUGCAUUACUUGACCAAAACGUUGGUCAAACCUGUAUCCGUGAUGCUGCAACUCACGAGAGAAGACUAUUCACGACGGUCGAUGACGGGCUGCCAAAAUUUAAUGAAAGACCCACCUUUGAACCGCCAACUCCACUUCGAGCGCCUGGUCCCUUAACUGUUGAUAAGCUGAUACGUGGUGCAAAUGUAUUAGCUCAGAUAUGUGAUUUAGAAGAUGUUAAAUCAUAUAUAUCGAAAUUAUAUCAACGUCAUGAAGAGAUUACAUCGUCAAUUGACAGUUUGGAGUCAAUUGGAAAAAAGCAAAAAUUAGAUUUAGAAAGGAUUAGAGGUCUUCAACAGAACAUCGAAUCAAGAGACAAUUUAAUAAACUCAAAUCAACAAUUGGAUUCUGCAAGUUUCGCCGAAGAAAUACAAUAUGAACAAAGAGAAAUACUUGCCUUGGAGUCGCUAAUCGAAGAGCAUAAUGAAAUGUUGGGUCUGCUUGAAUCAAAAUUGCAAAACGAAAAACAAUUAUUUAGAGAGUCCGAAGAGAAUGAUUCAAGCUACCGUACAGAUAGUCUAAUAUUUUCCGAAUCAUUAGAUUCAAUUGAACAAUUACAGAAAUUAUCGCAACUUAGAGAGCAGCUUGAAUCUAAACAUGAGAUCUUACAGCAACUGGAUGCUCAACUAAUUGGAACAAGCGAAAGUCCCACUUAUGAGGGAGUUGAGGAAGGAGAAUUUGGCCGUUUGAAGUUAAAAUAUGAAUCAAUCUUGACCAAAGCAGAUGCGUCUUUCAGUAAUCAAAAUUCGGAGCAACUUAACCGAAUCCAACAUGUCAUGUCAACUGCAGUGGGAACAUUGCAACAACUAUUGGAAGUUCGCGAAAGAUAUGAAUUAUUGAAUUUUGAUCUUGAUCUCAUAAGAGAAAUAAAUAGUACACUAGUAGAUCAUGUUGCCGAAUUUCAAGGAGAGAAUCAUCUCCCCGAGUUACUCGAUAAUAUUCCCACACCACAGAUCAUCUUGUCCGCGAUAAUUCUUCAAAUUAUCCGUGAUGAAGGUGGAGAAUUACCACUCACUGAACUCAAGGAUAGAAUUGGUAAUUUAGCUCGUCAACGAGAAAUGACAGAGUUUGAAGGAAUCAAUGCUCUUUAUACGCUUGUCGCUAAUCGGUUAAUCACCAUUGAUCGUUCAGAGAAAACAAAUCCUGUGAGAGCUAACAUUUGGAGUAUAUGA